AGUGAUAAAGGAGUAAAAAAGCCUUCAAAUCAGGAAGUUAGGCACAAAGUGUAUGAACACAAUGAGACCACUUAUUUUGUAUGGCCAAAUUAAACUGAGAUUUACUCAUAUCACAUUACCAGUUUUAUUCCUUCCACCACCAGCUUUCAUACAAGAGAGAUGACGGCUUACGGUGCUGUGAAUUCUCUUCGGAACACAAUCAACGAUAUUCUCUAUUGUUCUCGUUUCAGCCUUGUUGGUCGCUCUCAAGAAAUCAUGCAAGUCGUGUACAAGAAGCUGGAGCCGUUGCCUGAAAUUCUGGAAAGUUUGGACAAGACGAGGCCGAGCAAGAGCAGGAAGAAGGUGAAUGCUUUGGAUGGAAGAAUCAGAGAUGUAAUUUGGAAAUUUGAAGACUCGUUGGAAUCCCUUCUCACUCAACAGAUUCCUUCACAACUCGAAAGUCUUCCAGAGAUAGUCCCCGUUGAUCUGCAGAAUCUGCUGUAUGAUGUAAACAUCUUGAUCCAUGCGAUCGAGGGUAUGAAGAAGGACUACAUUUAUGAAGUAAAGAACAUGCCUCGAGACAAACCUAUUUCCACGGAAAUUGGUUUUCAGGGAACCAACUCAAAGAUGAUUGGGUUAUCAGUCCAAUUCCAAAAACUCAAAACUGGUCUUCUGCAAAGAAAUAUAGGCUGGAAUCAUGUGUAUGGACUUUAUGGAACAGCAGGCAUUGGGAAGACCACUCUUGCUAUGCAAAUUUAUCAAGACGAAGAAAUUCAGAGCAAAUAUGAGUGUCGCGCGUGGCUCACUGUAGGUAGAGUGCAUCAACCGAUCGGUCAAAUUUCACGAGGCAUUGUAGCACAACUCUGUGGAACUACACAAGGAGAUGAAGAAAUAGGUGACUACUUGAAAAAACAAUUGUAUGGAAAGAAUUCCUUAAUUGUGUUGGAUGAUGUCAAUCACUUACCAUACAUAGAAAUGGGAUGUACUAAUGUCUUAUUUACUGACCGGCAUCGAAAAUGGAUUGGAGAUUAUCUGAGUGGUCGUUCUUUGUAUGAGGUGCAGAUUUUAAACGAAGAAGAGGGUAUGGAGCUACUAUGUGAGAAGGUGUUUGGUGAUGAGAUUUGCCCUCCUCAACUUCACAAACUUGCCACCAAAAUUGCCAAGCUCUGUGAAGGUCUCCCUCUCUUGAUACUCACUGUUGCUGACAUCCUAUCCAAAUCCGAGCAUAACAGAGAUCCAGUCUACUGGAAUGAAGUAGCAGAAAGGAGAAAUUCAGUGUUCACAGAUGCAUAUAAUGAAAUAUCAAAGGUACUUUUUCCAAGCUACGAUUACUUACCUCAGAGUCUUAAAAUGCCUUUUCUGUUUAUGGGAGUUUUCCCUCUACAUUAUGACACCCCACCUUUCAAGAUAGUCAAUAUGUUGACUGCUAAGGGGUUGUGGUGUGAUUGGAAAUGUUUGACGGAUCUAGCUUUCGACUAUAGUCUUGUUUUACGCAACUUCAGGAGUGUCGAUAAAACUUCUUGUGAGUCAACUUAUCGCAAGUAUAAAUCUUGUUGGCUCCAUUCUUCAUGGUGACACGUGUGCAGAGGAGAAGCUAGUAAGCACAAGUUUUAUCGUGUCUUAAAUAAGUUGGUUGAUGCCAGUGAAGAAGUUAUAAACGGUCAGCGCGGCUUGUGUCUCGAAAAUAACAUUUUAUUUGGCAUCAAAGAGUUUGGCAACUCGGUGAGAUUGAACUGUGCAUCGUUCACACGUUCUCUCCUUUUCUAUGGUCCUUACCACCAAUAUCCAAUCAUGUUGGUUUCAGGUUGCUAAGGGAAAUAGACACUCUUACACAGCGUUUCAAUACUUUCCCGAUAGAAAUUUUGUCACUUGUCCAACUAAAGUACCUUGCUCUAACUUGUAACGGAGAACUCCCUGCAACUAUAUCCAAACUUUUCAACCUUGGAACCUUGAUUAUUCAUCCAUAUCUGAAUAUUAGACGGUGCGGAGCUCCAUCGUAUGUACCAAUACAAAUAUGGGACAUGUAGCUCCAUCACAUGUUGCUUCUUUGAAAAAUCUCAAAACACUUGUAGGUGUGAAUGCUAGCAUUUGUACUGUAUUGGAACUCUCCACAAGGAUUCCUAACAUAAGGAAAUUAGGAAUGCAGAUCGAGCUAACGCCUUAUGACGACCAUAACAACCUAUUGAUCUGCUUUGAUUGUAUUUCAUCACUUGAAUUGGACACACUCAAAUUGAGUAUAACAAAUCCUGUGGUCAAGAGAGAUCAUGCUUUCCCGGCCGGGUCACUGAAGCUGCCAUAUAAUUUGAAAAAGUUACAUUUGAGUGGCAUGGGUUUCCCGUGGGAAUACAUGGAUGUCGUUGGCUCUUUGCCAUUUCUUCAAGCCCUCAAACUGCGUCCUACGCCUUUCAGGGUUCACAUUGGGUAGCUAAAAGGUAUAGUUUUAGGAAUCUUCGGUUUCUUCUGAUUGAAGAAAGUGAUUUAGUGCAAUGGAAAAUAAGAUACGGAAGCUUCCCGAACCUAACAUACCUGAGCAUGAAACAUUGCUUCAAACUAAAAGAGAUUGGCAAGCCUGCUUCUCUGGCUCCGUGGCCAAGUGAAAAUCCAACCAGAAUGAUUGAAUUAGAGGACUGCAAUCCUUUAGCAUUGACUUCGGCCAGACAGUUAAUACCAGAUGAUGGUGUUAUGCCUCAUGUUAUUGUCUCUUCUUCUUAUUACGAGAAACCGACAACUAUCAAACUUGAAAGGCGAGUCGACCAUAUGACGUAUCAGGAAAGGCGAGUCAAUCGUAUGAAGUAUUAUGAGAGGAGCAAGUCUGAUGUCGAGGAAGAGAAUGAUGACGGUGAUGUGGAGAAAUUUCCGAUCAAGGAGAGGAUAAUGAAGGCAAGGGCAUUGAUGGGGAUGAAGAUGAGGAGAAUGAGAAAUAGAAUGGCUACGAAUAUACGCAUGAUCAUGAGGAAAAAGAGGCGAGCGCAACCGUCAAGCAGCAUGAGAGUUCAUUGAGACAUUUUUAAUUUGCAGGAGAGCUCUUUGAGGCUUUGAAUCUGCUGCUACGAAAUGCUACACAUGCAAAGCAAAAUAUGAAUUCAUGAAUCUCUUGGUAUUUUGGUUUGAUUUCAAAUAAAUGAAUUGUCAGUGUUGGGUGUUA